UUUGUCUGCAAAACUUUUAACCCCGUCUUGCCCUCUGAUGAGGAUUUGAAGUCGUCCACCCUCGCCAUCUCUCCUCCUCCCCUCUCUUUGGCUGAGCUUGCUUCCUCCCUUCUUUCACUGCACAUGAAAAUCUUCCUCCACAGCACCAUCGUAUGCCGUCGAGCUCGGUUCUCCCAUAGCGCUCGCUUCCAGUCUGGAACCUCCUUCAGAUGACAUCGUCUGCACAAAAUGCAACUAUUAAUGUUCUCUGUGUUCCUGCCUCUUCACUCCUGGCGUUUGCAUCCUUUUUGCAAAGUCCAAGUUCCUUUCCUUCCCCAUCAAGUCCAUUACAAUCUGCACCAAUCACAACUCUCUCUGUCUGGGAUGGUCAGAACCAGUUCGUUGAGUUCCUUCCAGAAUUUCUCUUUGAACUCUCGGUCACAUCCUACCCGUGGGGCACAACUGCUAAAUGGCAUGACACGCAACCCCCACCCCAAACCCCGAUUUCAGCCUCAUCACUCCAUCUUUGACACUUGUCACCCCCAAGACAUCCUUCGCCAGCUCUUCCUUUAAAAUAAGCCCCUCCCCCGUUUCUCUCGCCUCCUCCUCCACGUUCAAACGAUUCAAAGCCUGCCCCUAAACUUCUGACCUUCCUCCGUUCCCAGCUGCGCAAAAUUUUGACCUUCCCGAUCACGUCAAGCAACUGCUGCGCUUUUCCCGUGGUGGUCCCCGCCCUCAGUUGCCGGCUCUCCGCUUUCCUCUCCUCUCUCCGCCCAAGAGCCCUCGUUCCACCGCUCCUUUCCGGCGACGGCCCGCAGGUUGACGGCAGCCCGAAAAUCCGACGCGGAGUAAGCGGCCGUUUAACGCGUUGGCCAAUCGUCACCCAAAGAAAGAAAUCGGUCACAACGAUGAUCCGUCAUUGCGGUCAGCGACGUGUGUGUGUGUGUGUGCUACUUUGUGUCUCUGUGCUUGUUGUUUGACUUAGUUGCGUGCCCUUGUCUUCGGUAUCCAUUUUUGUUCUGUGUUGGUGGCUGUUCUUGUUCCUGCGUGUAGUUUGUGGGCUGAUGUAGUUUUGUGUGUCACAAUUUGUGAGCGGCAUUUCGUGAUCGUCGGCGGCGAGUCCCAGCAUGCUUUGCUCACCUUUGGGGAUUUUCGCUGACAAAUGGGAAGUGAAACUUCAGUGAGACACAGCGAGGAUGCGGUGAAAAUGAGUUGGGGAGCGAGGUCCCGGGUCCCGGCGGUAGUCCUCCGUGCCCUUCGCGCUCCACCCUGGCCAGCAUCCAGAGGGCGUACGAGGCGGGCCAAGAGGAAACUGCAAGGGACUUGAUCAGGCAGGCCGCCUGUGCGCGAUGCAGUUGCACGGCGCGCAAGAUGGUGUUCUGCGUGUGGCGUCCCAGUAUGGCGACGAUCAGAGUGUUCGCUACCUCCUGCAGGAAGCCGAAGUCCGGGUUACGACGGAAGCGUCGGAUCAGAACCCGGCUGUAGUGGCGGCCCACUCUGGACAGAGCACUGUGCUUAGAAUUCUGCUGGACUCCAUCCCAGGUGUACGUCAGAGGAGCGAGUUCUUGAACCACCUGUUGUCCACUUCCUGUCAGCGCGGUGAUGUGGACUUGGUCCGUCUUCUGGUUCAGGACUAUGGCGUCGAUGCCAGGGACAACAAUGCCAGCCACUGCGACCACUUCAGCGUUAUCAGCGCUCUGCCACUUUACGCCGCAGCGCAAGCAGGCAGCGAGGAGCUGGCUGACUUCCUGCUGCAGAACGGCGCCGCUUUGUCGUCGUACACGCUGAUGGACCAUCCGGACUUCAGCGAGCGACUUCUCACGAGAAGGCUGGAACACAGCACGCGAGACGGGCGACAGGUCGUGAGCGUGCGCUGGAGCCACCUGUCUCUUCCGUGGUUGGAGCUUUCUUGGCUGCUGGACGUUUCCUCUCUGGUCACACAUUUGGACUUGUCGUGUAACAAUUUGUCCUCGCUGCCAUCCGUCCUUCCGUGGGGUCUGCUGCGUCUCCAGACCUUGGACCUGUCCCACAACCGUUUGGCUCAGCUGCCCCCCGUGGCAGCCUCUCAGGAAGUCAUCUGCAGCAGGUUGUGCGAGGUGAACGUGGGUGGGAACCAACUGAGCGUGUUGCCAGCGGCUCUGCUCCACCUGAACGACCUGAAAAAACUCUGCGCCUCCAAAAACCAGCUGACGACCUUGUUUGAGGCGCCGCCGUCGAGCGCCUGGACGGGCCUGCGCAAGCUGGAGGAAUUGGACCUGUCCGACAACCGUUUGUGCGCGCUGCCGGCCGACGUCACGCGCGUGCUGAAAUCCUUGCGACGCCUCGACGUGUCCCGAAAUCGGCUGGGGAGCUUUCCGGACUCCUGGGCCUGCCCCCUGAACCAGUGCAGAGCGUCGUUCAAUAAGAUGAGCAAUCUACCGGACAACAUCUCAGCGUUCUGGAAGAAUCACCUGCACGACGUCGACUUCUCCGACAACCUCCUGGAACAUCUGCCCUCGAGUCUCUUUCGACUGGAGGCUCUGCUUUCGCUGAGAUUGUGCGGGAACGCCAUCCGGACUCUGCCGCCGCCGUCCGAGUGGACCUGCGCUCAGCUCAGGACGCUGGACCUGUCCAGGAACCUACUGGGAAAGAGUGACGAAGGCCCAAAGGCCAGAAAACUUUCCUUCUUGACCACAUGGAGCAAAAAAGAUCCUGAUCCAGGUAUCUCCCGUCAAAGACACUUUGCUUUAUUACUUUGGCCGAGUACUGACCCGGUUCUCGGUUCUCUCCGAACAGUGUGUCCCGUGGAGUUCCCGGCGCUUCUGCGAGAUUCCCUAGAGGUUCUGCACUUGAACAAUAACCACCUAGAGUGCGUCCCGCCUUCUGUCUGCACUCUGAGCGGCCUCAGCGAACUCUACCUGGGCAAUAACCCUGGGAUCCAGGAGCUCCCGUCGGAACUGGCUGGGCUCAGCAACCUGUGGCAGCUGGACAUGGAAAACCUCAACAUCAGCAACGUGCCUCCAGAAGUCAGGAGAGAAGGUUCGGCGUCGGUGCUGGCCUUCCUGCGGGCGCACCUCCGCAAGGCGGCGCCCUGCCGCCUGCUGAAGAUGCUGCUGAUCGGUCCGCCGCGCCAGGGCAAGUCUUCCCUCCUGAGGGCGCUGCAGACGGGCAAAGCGUCGCCGCCGUUCACGCCGGCCGUCGAAUGCGGCGUCUCCACGUCCACCUGGGAGAUGGAGUGCGGCGGGAAGAACAACAGGAACUCGUCGUUGGCAUUGAACGUGUGGGACGUGGGCGGCCCGUCCGGCAUGGCGGCCCUCACGCAGUGCUUCUUCACGGACCGCGCCCUCUACCUGCUGACGUGGAACCUGACGCUGGGCGAGGAGGCCGUCGCCGGCCUGCAGACGUGGCUGCUCAACAUCGAGGCCCGCGCCCCCAACUCGGCGGUGGUGGUGGUGGGAACCCACCUGGAUCUGAUCGACAGCAAGUUCCGCACGGAGCGGCUGGCCACGCUGAGGGCUUACGUCCUGGCGCUGUGCCGCACGCCCUCGGGCGCCCGAGCCGGAGGGUACCCCGACGUCACCUUCGGACAUCUGUGCGAGGUGUCCUGCAAGACGUUGGAGGGCGUGGACGGCCUGAAGAAGCUCAUCCAGCGGGUGGCGCUCUCCAUGAAGGACGGCCGCGCCUCAGCCUGCGGAGGAAAACUGCUGGGCAGGAUGAUCCCUCGCAGCUACGUGAGGCUGCAGGAGGCGGCGGCGGCCGAGAGGCGGAGACGUCACGCCGAGGGCGAAGUUCAGUUCCUGACGCAGGCUGAGCUGGAGAAGAUGGCGGAGCGCCACGCGGGAAGCGACAUCGCAGACUACGACGACCUGCCGUCCGCCGUCAAGUUCCUGAUGGAGACGGGCUCGAUGCUCCACUUUCCGGACACCAGCCGCGGCCUGUGCACGCUCUACUUCCUGUGUCCCGAGUGGCUGGCCGAGUGCCUGCAGAGGAUCGUGCGACUGGAAUGCUCGCGCUCCUUGGCCAGAAACGGCAUCAUCCGGACCCGAGACCUCCGGAUGCUGCUGGUCGGGACCGGAUUCACCCGCGACACCGAGGAGCGGUACUUCCAGUUCCUCGCCAAGUUUGAGAUCGCACUUCCCGUCGCCAGCGACAGCUACCUUCUGCCUCACCUGCUGCCCGCCAAGCCCGCCGUGGACAUCCACGGCUUCCGGCGGCCCGGCGCCAACACGCUGGAGCGACUCUUCAAGAUGAGCUUCGUGCCGGCCGGAUUCUGGGAGCGCUUCAUCGCCAGGAUGCUCAUCAGUCUGACCGACAUGGACCUGCAGUCGUCGGAGGCCAAUCGCGGCGCUCGUCGCGGCCGGACGUCGUCGGCGUUCUACAACUUUGGAGGAGGCGGACCGAGGAACCGCUGCAGCACCUUCCGAGUGCGCCGCCGUCAGACCGUCUACUGGAGGGAGGGGCUGCUGGUCACCUUCGACGGAGGUUACCUCAGCGUGGAGUCCGCGGACGUCAACUGGAAGGAGAAGAAGAGCGGCGGCGUCAAGGUGGUCUGCCAGUCGGAGAGCAGGGACUUCUCGGCCACGGCCUUCGUCACGGACCACGUCAACGCCCUGGUGGAGCAGUGGUUUCCGGCACUGACGGCCGUCGAGAGCGACGGCGCCCCGCUCCUGGAGCGCUACGCGCCCUGCCCGCUCUGCGCCGCCCGACUCCGACGGGCCCCGGACGACGGGGGCGACGAAGGCGAGGUUCACCUGUUCGACGUGGAGCGGUGCGCUCUGGCCGCGGCGGAGGGCGACAGCGUGGCGUGCCCGCGACACCCCCAGGAGGCGGUCCCGCUCCGGGAGUUGGUACCGGAACUCUUCAUGACCGACUUUCCCGCACGGCUCUUCCUGGAGGAGGAACAUCUGGAAUGUUCCGAGGACGAGUCCAGCGUCAUCGGCAGGGGGGGCAGCGGCACCGUGGUCUACCGCGCUCGCUACCGGCGGCUGCCGAUCGCCAUCAAGCGCUUUCACCUGCGCAGGUGCCGGCAGGACGCUCCCUCCGCAGACGCAGACACGAUGAUGAAGCGCCUCCAGUCGGCGGCGGCGAGCCGCUGCUUCUCCGAGUUCCGUCAGGAGGCGGCGGCGUUGCAUUCGCUGCGGCACCCGUGCGUGGUGGCCCUGGUGGGCGUGUCCAUACACCCGCUGCGCCUGGCGCUGGAGCUGGCGCCGCUCGGCAGCCUCAACGACGUCCUGGGGGAGAGAUGUCGAGGAGGCGGGUACGCGCCCCUCGGUCACAUGAUCACCUACAAGAUGGCCUAUCAAGUGGCGGCCGGGCUGACCUACCUGCACAGGAAGAAGGUCAUCUUCUGCGACCUCAAGUCGGACAACAUCCUCGUCUGGUCCUUGCGGGAGCGCGACGCGGUGAACGUGAAGCUGUCCGACUACGGCGUGUGUCGUCAGUCUUUCCACGAGGGGGCCCUCGGGGUGGAGGGGACGCCGGGGUACCAGGCGCCCGAGGUCAGACCCGGCGUCGUUUAUGACGAGAAGGUGGACAUGUUCUCGUACGCGAUGGUCACGUACGAGCUCCUGUCGGGCGGCCGCCCGUCGGCGGGCCACCGGCGACUCUCCAAGACGGCGGCCGCCCGCGGCGCCCGUCCGACGCUGGCCAGUCCGCAGGAAGUGGGCUUCUACUUCCUGCAGCGUCUGAUGACGCAGUGCUGGGAAACUAAACCCGAGAAGCGCCCGACGGCGUCCGAGUGCGUGCGGCGGAUGAUGGAUCCCAGCUUUGCGUGUCUGCGUUACGUGUUGGCGUGCGGCGCCGACUCGCAGCUCUUCCUGCCGCCGCUGGGGGGGCAACACGUCGUCUUGUGGGAAGGAGACGGCGACGACAGGCGCUACAGUGUUGUCAACGUGCACAAAGGUCAGCUGGAGGUCAACGGGAAGUCGUGUCCCGGAAGCCGAGUCAGCUGCCACGUGAAGACGGGCAACGCGCUGUGGCUGGCCACUCACGAACAGGAAGUGCUGGUGUACGUCCUGAAGGACAUGUGUCCUCUCACGCGACCUCACAAGCGUCUGACGUGUCCCGCCGUCAUCACCUGCUUCCUCCAGCUCCCGGGCGCCGUGUUCGCGGGCACGUCGGAGGGCCAGGUGGCGGUGUACGGCGCGGAGGAGGCGGGACUUCCCCUGGAGGGCCGCGCCCCUUCGGCUUUGAUCGGCGCCGAUCCCGGGCGGAGGCCCGCCCCCGUCACCUGCAUGCUCCUCGUCGGCUGCGGACGGCAGCUGUGGCUGUCCAGCGGUCCCGGCGUGCUGGUCCUGGACCGCGACAGCCUGCGCCCGGUCCGCAGACUGGAGCCGUACGUCUUUCCGUCCUCGGUGGUCUCCAUGGCGACGGGUUUCGCCGCCCGGGGGGAGGAGUCCGUGUGGACCCUGGACGACGUCACCAACACGCUGGUCCUCUUCCACGCCGCGUCCUUCCAGCUGUGCGCCGAGUACACCUGCGGGGACUGCAGUCCUCUCCGCGACGUCUUCCACGUCCGCCGCGCGGCGGUGACGGCGGCCGACGGCGAGGAGGCGGGGACUCGGGCGGUCCGGCGGCGUGAUUCGUCGACGGACGGAUCCACGUCUCGGUCGGAGGACGUCCGGACGGAGCGAGAGGAGCCCGAAGAGGGACGGCGUGAUGGCGCAGAGUCCUCGCCGCCGUCUCUGCAGGCCCUCAAGCUUCUGAUGGUGAACGACAUCCUUUGGGUCUUCAGGCGCGGCGGAGAUGUCCUGCUGAUCCACGUCGAGCCACAAGGCGAGCAAAUGAGAGGUCGGGUCUGCGCCGUACUCAACCCUCCUUCGGGACACUCCUUGGGGACGCUGGUGGAGGCGGGGCUCGUGGGCAAGGACUCGGUGGUGUGCGGCUUUCGGGCCGCCCCCUCGCCCCGCCCUUCGUCAUCUGGCUUCGGCGUGUGCGUGUGGCGGGCCUGGGACGCGGCGCACCUGGACGGGUUCUACCGCAGCGCCGAGGACCUGGCCCGUUUGGAAUACGGCGUGCGGCGCCAGAGGUAGCCCCUCGCCGACGGGCGACCCCCGCCCGAUUUGACCGGGAUCUCGUCACGUUAGCUUCAUUUGGAAGGUUUUAUCGCCACGCCGCCUCCCGCUCGCCGGAGUCCGUCGACAGACUUCAAUUGGUCGUCUUCUCUUUCCAAGUCAGUUUUGGUUUCUCGCUACGAAAGCAUCUUUGGGAGACCGCCGAAAUGCUGAAACUAUUGGUGGCCUUGAAAUGGACACGCAUACUUGUGCUGUUAAAAGAGUACCGCGGACAAUUUCCCUUCUGACCAAAAUCUUUGCAGUUGAGUGGAAAAGGUCCAGGUUGUCCAUGUGGGGGUUCUUCUUCUGGUUCUUGUUCCUUGUUUUCAGCGCGAUGCAAGAGCUUCACUUCCAACGAUUCCCCCGUCGUAAUUUUUUUUGGACCAGCCCGAUUCCCAUGGAGUCUGAGGACUUGCAAAUCGUGUUCAACUUAUAUUGAAUACAAGGCACUACAAAGACGAGGUGGUGACCGCAACUAUUCAUGAAGUUGGACCUUUGUGGCUGCAACACCUUCCAAAGAAAGCUGGACAGGGCCACGUUUGCCACUUUUUCAACAUUCACGAGGACACGACUUGUGGACCUUUUGUAAGUAGAUUUCUUUCCCGUUCCCAUUCUCGUGUUCAACAGUCCGGGGUCUCCGUUGUUCCAUUUUACACCUUUUCAACGGCAGUCGGGUCUGGACUGCCGUCUCGGGAUCGCGAUUGUUUGGACUUUUUUUGAAGAUGAAGCUCGUCCCGUCUUAGCUCGUGACUGGCCGAGCAAUUCGCGGAAGUUCCUUUUGCAGCCAAUCACGGCAGCCGGCCGUUCCUAAUGGCCUCGUUCACCGGCGGGACCUUUUUGAUGCCUCAACUUUUCUUGACGUUUUUUUUUUUCCCCCACCUGGCUCAGAUUUUUUUGGAACGGGUUGCGGCCAUAAGAUUCUUAAACACAAAUUUGAUCAGUUUGAACAUGAAACAUGUUUGUGUUGUAUUAAAUAAAGGUGGAAUGUGAUUUGUUGGAUUGGUUGCGCGGCGGUGCCUCGACUUAGGAACCGACGUCUCGAGGUGCGAAGGAAAAUCAGGAUAGCAAAGACAAAAAGAGGCGCUGGUUUCGCAGUUCCCGAAUUCCACCGAAUGUGGACUUGCGAUGUGGGAUCCGACAAUCACAAAACAAAGUUCUUUGUUCCUUGUCGAGACGGAUUGAGGAGCAGAUUCCGUCGCCAUAGCGAAGCACAGCCUCCCUUCUUCCCCAUCCGCCCCUCAGCAGUAGAAAUCCGACUUACAAUGAACAUUACCGGCAUAGGAACGGAACUGCUUCCGAACUCGAGGACGUCCUGUGCUGCGCGUGUGCAGUGAACGCGCUGCGCUUAUUUAGUCAUUUCAUAUUUAAAAGCACUCCAGAAAUGAAGCCCCGUAGCUUGGUGGGUUAGAGCAUCGGUUUGGUAAACCAGGGGUUGCGAGUUCAUAUCUCACUGGGGCCUCUCGUCUCGUCUCGUCUGGUGUGGGGUUUUUUUGUUUUUUGUGCUGUGUUCACUUUGUGGCCAUUUCCAAGUCAGUUUAUUCCGCUCGGCUUUGUCAUUCAAGUCUG